UAGAUUCAUCCUACGAGACCCAUUCCUUAAUUAUAUUACAAUAAAUAGCUUCACCAGAGAAUUUAUGAUUUUACCUUAGACUUACUCCAAUUCCACCACCAAAUGGUUAGAAUCCUUUGCAUGUCGAUAUUACCAUGACCGACUUCGCAGAAUCAGCACUGGCAGCUUCGGUGUCCAGCCCUCCAUCUCCGCCCGCAGAUCAUGUAGCUUCAGGACAAGAUGGGGACAAUAAGUUCCAAAAGGCAAUCUCGGCAUGGAGGACAAUCGACCUUACCUCGAUGAUCCCGUCCCUUGACAAUACCGCAUCAGAAAUUGUUCAAUAUCAGAGGGACUCAACCGUGCAGCGCAAGGAAUUGGCACAGAAAACGAAGGAUUUCCGGAAGUCAGAUGACACAAAUAAGCUAUCUGAGAUCAAAGGGUUAUUGAAAGCAUACCAGACCUUCAUAGAUCUCCUCACAAAUCACUCAAAGUCUACGAAUUCAGCAUUCCUACAAGUAUACUCGUCCUUAUCCGAGGCCCCAGAUCCAUAUCCUUUGCUUGAAGCAUCUGUCGAUUCCCUUCUGCUAUCUGAGGAUACACUCCCUAAGAUUACACAAGAGAAUGAGCAUCUUCAGAAAAGUGUCAGCAAGCUCACGAGCCAGUUGGAGGACACGGAAUCCAGAUUAGAGACUGAAAGAACUGCGCGCAAGAAUCUAGAGGAAGGCUUAGAAACUAAAGUGAAAGAUGUCGAAACUUCUUGGGCCGCUGUUCUGGAAGAAAAGAAGGACAAUUGGGAAUCGAAGGAGAAAUCACUGGAAGAGAAGGUGGAAAAUCAGGAGCGCCUAUUGAAUGAAAUCAAGGCGAGCUACGAGGUCAACCAGCGUCUGGGACAAUCCGAGAAUACAGAGGAUGGAAGUCGCGGGCAUGUUACGAGUGCGGAAUUGGAGAUGGUCACAUCUGAUUUGGAACGUACAAGCGUCCGUUUAGCAGAAGUUGAAGCUCGAAACGAACAACUCCGAAUAGAAUUAGCUCAGUCGGCUUCCCAAGUCCCAAGCCAGCCAGCAUUGGCUUUGGAAGACGAGCCAGCCUACAUGCGCUUAAGAUCCGAAAAUUCAUCGUUAUUGAGGAAAUUAGACGCGGCAAGAGUUGAAAGGGAUGCCAAAAAGCGAGAUCUCGAUACCAAGCUCCGAAGUCUAGAGAGGGAGAUUGGGAUGCUCAAAGAAGAACGCGAUUCAUUGAAGACUAAGGUCCAAAAGUGGAGCGAUUAUGAGGAUGUCAAGCAGGAACUAGAAGUUUUGAAGAGUAUCGAAUUUUCUAUGGGAGACGAGGAUGAAACGCAAGAUAUCGGGGUUAAUUCCAGUGUCCCAGAACCGACAGGAAAUGGCUCAUCCGGAAAAGUGAAAGGGGAGACAUUGGAGCAACUUCUUCUUGCCAGAAACAAAAAAUUGAGUGAUGAGCUCACAAUUUUAAGAGUGUCUCAUCAAGAUUUACAGAGUCGCUUGCAAACGAUGCAGGAAACUCUUUCCACGACUAAUGCCGAGUUGGAAAAGGCGCAAAAUUUGGUUGCUACAUUAGAGAAUGAUUUGACGAAUAUGCAAAACGGGGUUAGCGCAUAUCCUUCCGCUCCUUCCGUGGCCGGAACAUAUACGAGUCGCUAUCCUCAAUCAGCGAUCGGCCAAUUUGCGUCGAGGAAUCGCAGGAUAUCCCCCACAUCAUCAAUCAUAUCUGGAUUUGAUCCCAGGACGCCCAUGGGCAGCACACCUGUGGACGUCCUUAGAUCGGGCGAGCCUGUAGGGGGAGGUUCUGGUAUUCUCCCCAUGAUUACCGCUCAGCGUGAUCGAUUCAAGAAACGCAACUCAGAAUUGGAGAACGAGCUUUCCGAAAGCCACCGCACGGUAUCGUCACUUAGACAGGAAAUCUCUGCUUUGCAAAAGGAUAAUCUGAACCUGUAUGAGAAGACAAGAUAUAUAUCAACAUACAAUCGAGCAGGUCCAACAGCUUCAUCGGCCUCAUCUUAUGCUACUAACCCCAAUCCAUCUACAGUUCAGGUUUCCUCAUCGACUUCUUCUGGGCUUGCAUUAAAUCGAUACCGUUCAGCAUACGAAUCCAAUAUAUCGCCUUUCGCGGCAUUCCGUGGGCGAGAAUCGGCUCGCGCAUAUAAACGUAUGAGUCUACCCGAAAGAAUAGUCUUCUCAAUCACCAGAAUGGUAUUAGCGACUAGGACUAGUCGAAACCUCUUCGCCGGUUAUUGCGUGGCUCUUCAUUUGCUGGUGUUCUUUUCCCUAUAUUGGUUAGGUAGUGUGGAUGUAGAUCAACAUGGAAGUCAUCUUGGUCAAGCGGUUGCAGCUGCUGGAGGUGCGAAAGGACUUGCUGAUUCUGCGGCGGAUGCGCAGCAUGGAGAUUGGCACCAAGAAGGAUUUGAUGGGAAGGUUUCUUGAUGGUUGAUUAAUGGAUUGGAAGGAUAUGUAGUACUAUCAUGUGAUAAUAGAGGGCAUUUUGCCAAUUUGUUCUAAUACAUUGACGGUUCCAGGAUUCGUCAUCGUUCAUUUUUGCCGUUUCUUCCGUAUGGACUGAGAUAUAUGGUUCUUUCUAAAGUCAUAUGGCCGCGGC